AUGCCUAUCUGCAUCGAAUGUUCCUAUCCGGUCUCGCACCUGUAUAGCGCAUACAGUCGCGCAGAUGACCGCUCUCAAGGGAAAGGCGUGCGAUUGACCCAGUGUCCGCGCUGCCAGCGCUUCGCCGACAAAUACGUUGAAUAUGACUUCGUUGUGAUCUUUAUCGACCUGGUGCUCAUCAAACCACAGCGAUCAAUUAUUCGCCUGGGAAUCCUCCUCCUCCUUUUCGAUGUCUAUCUCACCUGGGCCCGCCUGGAGAAGGACCCUUCCCUCGCCACAACCUUCAUAUCUCGCGCCCCCAUCGUCAUCCAAUAUCUCUUCUUCCUUACCCUGAACGCAGCCGCAACUCUCGCGCACCACCUAACAGUCCGCCUACUCGCUUCAAUUCUCGUGCCAAAAUCCCAUCGCUAUGGCGGACCAGAAGCAAAUAACAACACCACAACUACCACCUUCACCGCGCCUACAUCAGGCACAAACACAGGCGACACAACCCCCUUCCCCUCCGGGCCUCCAACCCCAACCAUGCGGCCCUCGCCCUCGUCACAGCCCAUCCCAACAUUAUCUACCCAGCUGCUUAGCCCGACUACAACUACAACUACAACUACAUCAGCAAAGAUAUCAUCUAAUCCAACCCCCGCGGACAUCACAUCUCCAACAGACCCCUCACCCCUAGCCCAAACAAUCCAACCCCAACAACGCCCACCACCACCCCUCCGCCGAACCUCAACCGCACCACCCCAAAUGAUCCAACCACUCCCCCCACCAACAGCCGCCAGCCCAACAGCAAUAAGCACCGCCCUGCUCGUAAGCAGCUGUGCAAAAGUCUUCCCAAUCCUCCUAGUAAUCUGGGGCGCCGACGGCCGAGGCAACAACACACCCGCAGAAACAACAACCCACACCCCAGCAACAGCAACAGGAACAGGAACAAGCACAAUAGAAAGAAAAGACCUCGGCGCCGCAAAAGCAGCCCUAUCCUCCUCCCGAGACCGAGCCUCAACACCAUACUCGUCCUCGCCCUCAGCCUCGUUCCUGGAAUCUUCCCUCGCGGCCGCAGAGUCUCUCCUCCGUCCCUACGUUCCGACAAGUUAUCUCACAAGCCUAGUCGAUGUUCUCGCGUCUUUGCUUUCGCUGGGUGUCGUUGACGCGCAUCUCGUGCUGCUGAGUAACAUCGAGGCUCUUUACAUCUUGCUCGGUUGUGGGUAUCUGCGUGCUGUAGCUGUUGCUGUUGCGGGGCAGAUUGCUAGGUGGGCGGUGCAGAGGGUUAUUCUCGGUGCUGUGGGUGUUGGAUAG